AUGAGCGACAAAACCUCCGCCAAGUUCCUGUCCCUCGGCGCCAUCAUCCAGGAAUUCAACGUAGACGGACAAAACAUCGUGCAGGGUUUCACCACGAAAGAAGCCUACGAGAAGCACAACUCGCCCUGGUUCGGCGCGAAUAUCGGACGUGUUGCCAACCGCAUUAAAGACGGUGUUAUUCAGAACCUCAAUGGACAGUCGUAUCAGCUCGAACUGAAUGACCCUCCCAAUGCGCUGCACGGAGGGAGUCGCGGAUGGGGUCGCUGCGAAUUCGAUGGUCCAACGGUGUUAAGCCGCGAUGGGAAGACUACCCUGCUGUAUACUUAUCUGAGCCGUGACGGGGAGGCAGGAUACCCGGGCACGGUGGAGUUCAGGGUCUACUAUACCACGAGUGAGGAGGUGGAGAAUGGCAAGACUACGUCGGUGCUGAAGAUUGAAUAUGAGGCUGAGUUGGUGGGCGAUGAGUGCAAUGAGACGGUUGUUAACUUGACCAACCACAGCUACUUCAACCUCAACGGCGGCCCAACCACCGAAGGCACCCUCAGUAAACUAUCAACACAGGACUACCUACCACUAGAGAACGGCAUCCCAUUGGGCCCCAUCGAGCCCUACCCCAGCGAAGUCACCAAGGAGUUUACCUUCGGCCCGCAGAACCAAUUCGACGACGUCUUCGUGAUGGACCGCGACCUGUCCCGCGUCCCCCUCGAUACGCGGAGUGAGCCCCUCCGCCUACUGGCCGAGUUCCAGCACCCAGACACGCGCCUGCACCUGCAAGUGCACAGCACGGAGCCGGCAUUCCAAUUCUACACAGGCCAAGGCAUCGAUGUACCCGAAACAGACGGGAAGCCGAGUCGGGGCCCAUUUGCGGGGUUCUGCAUCGAACCCAGUCGGUUUGUCAAUGCGGUCAAUGAGCCCGGAUGGCGGCACACGGUCGUUCUCCCGAAGGGGCAGAAGUACGGUAGCACCAUCGUGUAUAAGGCCUGGAGGGAGUGA